GUCACUCUUCCCGAGCCCGUGGUUGAGAGACGACAAACCGCUCAUCGACUUCGACGGCCUGCAGUCGGACGACGCUGCGCCGCCCGCGGAGAACCCCUGGGCGCACCUCGACGGGGAGGGCGGCGCCGGCGACGACGACGACGACAUCUACGGGUGACUUGCAAAUAUAAGAAGCGUGCUCUUUCUUCUGUCUACCCGGGGCGCGGCGACGGCGUGCCUAGCAUCGGCGACGGGCCCAAAAUAGAGCCAACCACCAGCGACGCGCGCUGCGCCAGGGCCACCAGCGCCGCUCCCACCAUGGUCGAGUACGAGGCCCGGGGCAUCACCGUGCGCGACGUCGCGCCGGCGGUCUUCAUCGAGGCCUACGCGCUGCACCUCAAAAACUCGGACCGCUUCGAGAUCCCCAAGUGGACGGACCUCGUCAAGACGGGCGUCCACAAGGAGCUGGGCCCGACGGACGACGACUGGUACUUCGUCCGCGCGGCGUCGAUCGCGCGCAAGGUCUACCUCAAGCCCGGCGUCGGCGUCGGCGCGCUGCGGAAGUGGUACGGCGGCCAGUACCGGCGCGGCGCGCGCGCCAAGACGUUCCAGCGCGCCGCCGGCGGCCUCAUCCGCAGCGUGCUGCAGCAGCUCGAGGAGACGAAGGUCGUCGAGAAGACGGCGUCGGGCGGCCGGCGGAUCACGCGGGUCGGCCAGCAGGACCUGGACCGCAUCGCGGGCCAGGUCGCGCGGGGUGGCAACGAGGAGUAG